AUGGCCCUUGUUGAUGUGACUCUGGACCCUGAUACAGCACAUCCUCACCUCGUCCUGUCUGAGGACAGGAAACAAGUGAGAUAUGGAGACACAAGGCAGGAGCUCCCUGACAAACCAGAGAGGUUUAGGAAGUGUAAAGGUGUCCUGGGAAAACAGGGUUUUUCUUCAGGGAGACAUUACUGGGAGGUGCAGGUUGGGGACAAGAGUGAGUGGACUUUAGGAGUGGUCAGAGAGUCUAUCAACAGGAAGGGAUAUUUUCCACUGAAUACUAAUAACGGUCUCUGGGCUCUCAGGCUGUGGAAUGGAAAUAAGUACGAGGCUCUCACUGACCCCCCUGUGUUGCUCCACCUGAGUGUGAAGCCCCAGAAGGUGGGGGUGUUUGUGGACUAUGAGGAGGGUCAGGUCUCGUUUUACAAUGUGGAGGACAAGUCUCAUAUCUACACUUUCACUGGAUAUAAAUUCACUGAGAAACUCUAUCCGUUCUUCUGCCCAGGAUUCUGGUACCGCAGUGAGAAUUCAGCCCCACUAAUCAUAUCUCCUGUCAGUGACACAGACUGA